UGCGGGCGGUGUUGGUCUAGGGAGACGCGGGGACCAAGUGGCAGCGACUCGAACAUAUAAGCUGCCACUCCGGAAACGGUCCCGCAAGACAGCUUUUAAUUUCAAAGAUAAUCAAUAUGCAUUUCCAAGGCUUUUGGUUAUGUUUGGGUCUUCUAAGCAUCUCAAUUCAUGCAGAAUUGAUGGAUGAUGAUGUUGAGAGGACGGACUUUGAUGAAACUUCAGGAGAGAUUGAUGUUAAUGAAGAUGAACUCUCCUCAGAGGUUAAAUAUAAGACCCCUCAACCUACAGGAGAAGUAUAUUUUACAGAAACUUUUGAUAAUGGAAAGCUGGCUGGGUGGGUCCUAUCAAAAGCAAAGAAAGAUGAUGCAGACACGGAGACUUCCAUAUAUAGUGGAAGAUGGGAAAUAGAAGAACUGAAAGAAAACCAGGUGCCUGGCGACAGAGGGCUGGUGUUGAAAUCCAGAGCGAAGCAUCACGCGAUAUCGGCGACGUUAGCGAAGCCCUUCGUUUUUGCUGAUAAACCUUUAAUAGUUCAAUAUGAAGUGAAUUUUCAAGAUGGUAUUGACUGUGGAGGUGCGUACAUUAAACUCCUAGCAGACACUGCGGAUUUGAAUCUGGAAAACUUUUAUGAUAAAACAUCUUAUACCAUUAUGUUUGGACCAGAUAAAUGUGGAGAAGAUUAUAAACUUCAUUUUAUCUUCAGACAUAAACAUCCCAAAACUGGAGUAUUUGAAGAGAAGCAUGCCAAACCUCCAGAAGUAGACCUUAAAAAGUUCUUUACAGACCGGAAGACUCAUCUGUACACUCUCGUGAUGAAUCCAGAUGACACGUUUGAAAUGUUAGUUGAUCAGACGGUUGUGAACAGAGGGAGCCUGCUGGAGGACGUGGUCCCUCCUGUCAACCCCCCCUCGGAGAUCGAAGACCUGAGUGACGAGAAGCCUGAGGAAUGGGACGAGAGAGCCAAGAUCCCGGAUCCCUCCGCCGUCAAACCAGACGACUGGGAUGAAAAUGAACCUGCCCAAAUAGAAGAUUUAAGUGUCGUUAAACCUGACGGCUGGCUUGAUGAUGAACCAAAGUUUAUCCCUGAUCCUAGUGCUGAAAAACCUGAGGACUGGAAUGAAGACAUGGAUGGAGAAUGGGAGGCGCCUCGUAUUCCUAACCCAGCCUGCGAGGUGGGGUGUGGCGAGUGGAACCCUCCCAUGAUAGAGAACCCGAAAUACAAGGGAGUGUGGAGGCCUCCGAUGAUCGAGAACCCGAACUACCAGGGAGUCUGGAGUCCUCGAAAAAUUCCUAAUCCAGAUUAUUUUGAAGAUGAUCAUCCAUUUCUUCUGACUCCUUUCUCUGCUCUUGGUUUAGAGCUUUGGUCUAUGACUUCUGAUAUCUACUUUGAUAAUUUUAUUAUCUGUUCAGAAAAGGAAGUAGCAGAUCGCUGGGCUGCGGACGGUUGGGGCAUGAAAAGAAUGAUAGCAACUGCUAACGAGCCCGGCAUAUUUGCACAGCUGUUGGCUGCUGCUGAGGAGCAUCCGUGGCUGUGGCUCCUUUAUCUUGUGACAGUGGGGCUCCCGGUGGCAUUGGUUACUUUGUUUUGUUGGCCAAGGAAAGUAAAGAAAAAAUGCGAAGAUGCAGCGCAUAAAAAACCCGACGUCUGUAAACCACAAACAAAGGGAGCCCUAGAGCAAGAAGUGACGGAGGAGAAAGCAGCCCUGGAGAAGCCGGCCGACUUGGGAGAGGACAGGAAGCCAAGUGAUGGUGAAAUCGUUGAGAAAGAAGAAGAAGGCAAACCUGAGGAAAAGAGUGAAGAUGAAAACGAAAUCGUAGAAGGGAAAGAAGACGACAGUAAAUCCAAUAAGUCUGGGUCAGAGGAUGAGAUGAAGGAAGCAGACGAGGGCACCGGGUCCGGAGACGGGCCAGUGAAGGCCGUGCGCAGACGGAGGGCGCGGAGGGAGUGACCGCCUUCCAGUGUCUCACUGCUGCAGGGACUUGGCACUUCUCAGAGCAGGUGCCAGAGCCGAGCCUGAAUCCACCCGCACAUCCUGUUUCCACGUCUGGUCUGUUAUUCUUUCAGACAUCCCUGCAGUCUUUUCUGGGGAAAAAAACCUUUGGAGUUACCUGGUCUUCAAAUUUAGAAUAAAAAAAAAAAAGUGGCACGUUACAUAUGAGAUUUAUGAGAUUAAUAUCAUUAGAAGUUACCAGUUUUAAUAGUUCAGAGAAAGUUUUGGUUUGUACAGAGGGAAAUAAUAUGCAGCAGCUUCCCUGGUAUUGGAAAAACCAGUUACUGAGAUUUCCUCUUAAAUGGCUAUUCUGCAGUAUAACUGGUGGUUCCACAAUAAAAACAAGUGUGUUCUCUCGUACAGAGCUAAGUGCAAUAAAGUUUCUGUGUGGUUGUUCUAUCAACAAGGUGCUGUAUGUGACCACAUUUACCUAGUUGGUGUCCAAUUACAGUUACGGUCCCUGAAAUUGUAAUUCCUCUAAAGGGGGUGUUUUGUUGGCAGACAAGUUAACAAAACAGAAAUGUCUGAGUGUCAUUCACAGAAUCCCUGGUUAACCAUGCAGCAUAUUUUAAUUUGAAUACAAGGAAAAUGGUUCAUCAAAACAAGGUUUUCAAGCUUUUAUUUUAUGCCAGAAACUUUUACCCUACUUAUCGUUGAUAUG